UUGAUUUUUAAUGAGGUGGAUGAUAGAGCGCCACUUGUUGCUUGGAAAUCUCUUACAUGUAGGUACAAAAUGCUCCACUUUGUCUAGGGCUUUAUCACAAUGGCGCAGAGUGGUAGCAGCAUCUACGAUCUCACCGUGCAGGACAUCGACGGCAAGGAUGUUCCUCUCAGCCAGUACAAAGGCAAGGUUAUGCUCAUCGUCAAUGUGGCGUCUCAGUGUGGAUACACAAAUGACGCUUACAAGGAGAUGAACGAGCUCUAUGCCAAGUACAAGGAUAGCGGCUUCGAGAUCCUGGCAUUUCCUUGCAACCAAUUCGGCAACCAAGAGCCUGGCUCAAACGAAGAGAUCAAGGAACGAGCUUGCACUCGUUUCAAAGCUGAGUUUCCCAUCUUUCAGAAAGUGGAUGUUAAUGGAAGCCACACCGCACCGCUUUUCAAGCUGCUUAAAACUGAAAAGGGGGGAUUUCUGGUUGAUGCUGUCAAGUGGAACUUCACGAAGUUCCUGGUGAAUAGAAAGGGCGAGGUCGUGGAGCGUGAGGGUCCAUCAACAAGCCCUCUGAAAAUGGAGAAGCACAUCAAGAAAUGGCUAGACGCUCCUGCAGCUUGAGAAUUAGUGAAAGCCUUUGUUUCUAUUUCCUACUAUCAUGAAUAAAAUUAAACUUGUAUCUGUA